CUCCAGUGACACCACUGCCACGGCAAUGUUGCUGACCAUCCCAUGUUUUCCCUUUCCUACAGGAACUGACCGUGAAGCUGCCAAAGCAACCUGUCGUCAAAGCCGCGAUCCAUUCUUACGUACCCAGCAAUGCCUCUGUGCCUUCAACGUCCGCUGUACCCUCGACCACCGCAUCCACAGCUGCGGCUUCAACGUCAUCCUCAGCAUCAUCCAUCACAGCCGGACAGAAUGAGGGGUCGUCCGAAGAAGUAACACCCGUGCCCGCGAUCGCCAUCACCGCCACCUCCGAAACUUCAGAGACAAAUGCUCAAGGAUCAAACCAGGUUCCGGAGCAGGCACUCGGUGCAUUGCCUCAACAACCACCCCCGGCGUUAUCGAGGAGUGUUUCGGGCACGGUGAUUCUUUCAGCGUUAAUGUCCGGAGCAGGAACGGGACCAGCGAUAGCACCAUCUGCGAACAUCCCACAGCCUCCCUUGAACCAACAUCAGUUGCUGCAUUCGUAUCGGCCUCCGGGACAUUUGACACAGCCGUAUCUACUGGAGCAGGUCAAGGAUGUGCAGAAUCAUACAGCGCAGGCGAUCUUUCGGUUAGAAGAUUACUGGACUAGCGGGAGCGAUCGUCUGUUGACGGGAGGUGCUCAAGAAAAGCAAGAGGGCAGUGAGAAGCAAGGAGGGGGAGGCGGAGAAGAAAAAAAGACGAGGGCGAGGAUGUCGAAGGCGGAUAUUAAUGAGGUGACGAGGCCGUUGAAGACGUUGUUGGAAUUGAUGCAGAGACAUUUGAGGGCAGGGAUCGAGGCCAUGGCGAGACCGAGAAAAGAAAAGUUGUACCCGUUCCGGGUAUGCGACCCUAAAAUAUUUAGCCCCGCAUUGAAUGAAGACUUUGUGAUCGAGUUCUACAUCCGGGAUUCACAACUGGUGUGUGCCGCUUACGCUCUGCAGCUGACCGGUGGACCGACCAAUGGGUCCUCAGGUUCCGGAGGUAACGUUCUUACGAGUUACCUUCAGCAUACCUUACCAGGAGGGUCGUCAACAACAAUAACUCAGCACCAACAAGGACAGUCGGUAUCCUCUGCGGCUGUAUCGUCCACAGAUGUACAUCAUCAUAUAACGCACGCCCCGCAGCAGAAUGCAGGGCAUGGCGGAGGAGACAAAGGAGGGAAGAGUGGACAGGGAACACCACGACCAGCUUCGCCGGUGCAUCAUCAUACGAUGUCGCUGCAACCUAGUCAUCAGCAUCACGGACAACAGCAGCAAGGCGGGAAAGGGCAUCCGUGGUCGCCUGCAAGGUCUCCGUCGACGACACAGCAGCCGCAUCAUUUAGGAGGAGAGUUUCAUUCGAGUGCGCCUACAAAUGACACGGUGGUGCUUCCUGCGUCAAAUAAGAUCGGUCAGACGAGUAAAGGCGGUAUCAAUAAAUACAGGGGCAAGGUUGCGACGACGCUGGAGGACAAGGUGGUGCAGGUACAGAGCUCGAAACUGGAGGAGAUCAACGGACGACUGGUCCAUGCUGAGGGACUCUGUCGCCGGUUGUUGUAUUUCUUGGUCCUUCAGGAAUCCGUCGCCGAACCUCCUGUCUAGUCACUAAUACUUGGUCAAGCAUCAUCAUCAUCAUCGUUGUCAUUAUCAUUAUCAUUAUCAUUAUCAUCAUCACGAUCAACAGCAGCGGCAUUAAGGAAGGAAUACAAUAAAGAAUUAC